AUCCAAUACUUCCUAUCCCGACAUACUACUCCCAUCCAUCAUAUCUUUCACCACCUUCCACCAUCUCAACAUAUAACUGCUCAUACCCACUUCUCUCUUUUUCCACCCCCAAAGUAAUAAGAAAAGACCAAGGCAAAAUAAAAUGGUCUGCGCCAAAUGCCAAAAGAAACUCAAACAAACGGAGCUCGCCACUCCCGGCGUGAAACGCAAAACAGAAAUGUACUAUGGCUCACCGGCCACAACGCUCGGUGGUAGUAGCAGUGGUGCUGGUGCUGCUUCUGCCGCGGGAAAGGCUAAGUCUAGUACAUUGGGGAGUACGGGGAUUGGGAAGAGCAAACUCCUCAGUUCCAAAGCUAAGAACCCCUACGCGGCGUAUGCUUCCUCCUGUGAGGUUUGCAAAACCAAGACGGAGCAGGGCCGGAAGUAUUGUCAGCGGUGUGCGUAUCAGAAGAAUGCGUGUCCGAUGUGUGGGAAGGGGUUGACGGGGAGUUCGUCGAAGAAUCAGCCUGCGAUUACGGGGCAGAAAUUCAAUUUGAAGUAGAAUCAUCGGUUGGCAGUCCUUUUGUUGAAGCAUCUAGAUACCUACUUAUGUCUAUUAUCACUAUAACUGGGAAGGAAUCUGCAUGGCGUUCGGUUGAUUCGGGAUAGUCUUAGGAACAAGAAAGGUCUUCAUUGCAAAUAGAAAGCGAAAAGAAAACAAUAAAAGCUAG